AUGAGAAAUCUGGGUUAUUAGGGAUUAGGAUUUUACAGUGUUGCUACAAUUUAUUUAUUCCUUGGAUUAGGUAGCUUUAUAUCAUCAGGUAUUGUUGAAAAAUUUGGGAGUAGAUCUGCUCUGACUAUUGGAGGAUUACAGUAUGCAUUCUGGGUAAUAUGCUAUCUCUUUCCUACAUUUGCUGACAAGUCAGAAAACAAAGAAGAACAUUUCGUGUUUUCUAAAGGUUUUAUCCUUUUUCUAUCAUUGCUAUCAUCUAUAAUGAUUGGACUUGGAGCUAGUAUUAUAUGGGUAGGAUAAGGGCGUUAUGUGACUGAAUGCAGUACUCCAGAAAAUAAAGGACUCUAUUCAUCAAUUUUCUGGUGCUAUUUCAAUUCAAGCAUUUUGGUUUGCAACAUUUUCUCAGCAGUAAUACUUGACUAUUGUGACAUAACAACAUUCUAUAUAUUGUUAUCAAUAAUUAGUUUAUGUGGUUGUGCUAGUUUCUUAUUACUAUCUGAACCAGAGAAGCCUAUACAACCGUUAAGAUCAUUCAAAGGAGAUGUGCUAGGAGUAUUAUCACUUAUUAGAGAUAAAAGAAUGAUUCAAUACAUACCUUUGUGUUCAAGCCAAGCAAUCACAUUAGUCGGCUCUAGUGGAGUGUUAUUCCCUCUAGUUUAUAAAACUCUUGAAAAUCAAGAUAUUUCUGCUAAUGCCAAAUUUUAACUCUGUAUGUAUUCAAGUCUACCACUUGGCUUUGGUGAGGUAAUAGGAUCAUUAAUAGCUGGACAGAUCAUUGAUAAAUUUGGUUUAAGAUAAGCACUGUUGGGUUUUAUUUUCACCAUAGUAUUAAGUUACUCAACUUUCUUCUACUUUAUAUUUUUAUGGGAGUAUGGAUGGGUUAAUUUUGCUCUUAGUUUUAUUUGGGGAGUUUAAGAGAGUUUCGUUAUUAAUCUAAAUCAACUGAUCUGUGGUUUUGAAUUCAAAUCCAAUAUAAUUCCUUUUUCUAUACAGAAAUUAGUUUAAUCGAUUAUGACUUUUACACUUUUGCUGAUUGCAUCUUUAUUAAAUACUCAAUUUGAAGUAACUAUCUAUUUGAUUAUAACGGGAUGUUUUAAAUUGAUGGCUGCAUUUUUGAUGCUCAGAUUCAAAUUUAUAAGUAAAAGUAGAAAAUAAUCAAACAAAGAAAAUCUUGAAUUAUAGAAAUCGGAUAAUUCUUAGAAGGUAGAGAAGAAUAUUGAAAACGAAAUUGAAAGCGAAAUGGCGCUUUUAGAUAAAAAUUAAAAAUGA